AUGACUACCCCUAACGGGGGAGACCCCGGAAGGUCUUCCGGUCCUAGGUAUCCGACGUUUAUGGACCCACAGAAUGAGUUUGGAAGGUUGACAAUUCUGCAGAUGACAGGAAAAGACGGCGCCGAUCUACCUGUGGAUCCGUAUCUCAUCGGAAAAAGUGUCGAGUCAAUCGUAGGUGAAAACGGUAUUGAAUCGGCAAAAAGCGAACAAACCAAAAGAAAGUGUCCAGUAUUUCGAAAGGAGACUGAUAUAAUCAAACUUAAGGUGAACAACAACCUGACAUACCACGAAGCGAGAAGACGUAUCGAAGAAGGUAACGCGACCUACGCACAGGCGGCUGCUCAAUUUCGACUGGACACGCCGAAGCUUGAGGCGCUUCUGGAAGAGAGCAAAAAGAAAGAUGACAUCAUAGCUAAGCUAAUCACAGACAACAAAAAGAAGGACAACACAGUUAACAAACUCAUUGAGGACUUGAAGCAGAAAGCAGAACAGUUGGAUGCCCUAACUUCGAAAAUCGACUCUCUUCAGAGUGUUUUAGUAACUUUAUCGAAAGACAAUCAACGUGUUUCUCGAAUUCCAACCGACAGAACAAACAGCUUGAAACUAUCCGCAAAUACCAUAUGCAACAAAGAGGAAAAACAACUGCGACGAUCGAAGCGCCUUCAGCAAUCCUCACCCGAUAACAAAAGCCCACCAUCUAAAACUGUGAAACCAGCAUCAUCCGACAUCGAACUGGACUCAAUAAUUGAAUACGAAGAGGAGGAAGAAGAAUGUGUGUUUUAUACCCCCGACAUCGAAAAUACAUCAGCACGAAAUAUUCAAUCCAUCUAUCCUGUUCACGACUCUCAACCAUUCAAAUAA